UCCACCACCACCACCAACGCCUCCCCCGACUCCGCCUCCGCCCCGCCCCCGGCCCCGGCGGUGCCGGCCAAGGUGCGGCUGAUGGUCAGCUACGGGGGCCGCAUCCAGCCGCGGCCGCACGACAACCAGCUCUCCUACGUCAACGGCGACACCAAGAUCCUCUCCAUCGACCGCCCGCUCCGCUUCCCCGACUUCUACGCGCGCCUCGCCGGCCUCGCCGCCGCCCGCGGGGACCUCUGCGUCAAGUACCAGCUCCCCGGCGAGGACCUCGACGCGCUCGUCUCCGUCACCAACGACGAGGACCUCGAGCACCUCGUCAUCGAGUACGACCGCCUCCACCUCUUCCGCGCCCCCGCCGCGCCGGGAUCUGGCGGUUCUUCCCGGGGCGGCUCCACGCCCAGGCUCCGCGUCUUCCUCUUCCCCGUCGCCCCGCCCCCGCGCCCCGCCUCCCCGCCCAAGCCGCCGCAGCAGGAGCUGCAGCGCGAGUGGUACCUCGACCUCAAGUCCGCCAGCCCGCCUCCGCUGCCGCAGGCCCUGCCGUCGCAGAUGCAGAACCAGCAGAUGCAGCAGCCGCAGGUCAUGAUGAAGCAGGAGGCGGUGCCCGUCCAGUCGCCCCCUCCCGCCGCGCCCAUGGCCGUGCCGCAGUCGGUGGUGGCGGCGUCCAAGACCGGCCCCGACUACCUCUUCGGCUUCGACUACGGCUUCAUGCCGCCGCCCGCGGUCAAGGUCAAGGACCCGGCCGGCGAUCCGCCCAAGAUGAGGGAGAACGUCCCCGUCGAGAUCCCGCCCAAGAAUGAAGACCGACACCCCAACCCCAACCCGGCCGCGGACAACAACAACAACAACGCCAUGGUGUCUCCCGCCGUCUCGCCCGCCGAGUUCCCUCGCCAGAUCCCGGACCUCGAGAAGCUCCAGCUCGCUGACAACGCCACCCAGCAGCAGCAGCCACCACCAGCUCCUGCUCCGGCUCCGGCGCCCCAGGCCGCCCCUGCUCCUGCUCCGGUCGUCGCCCCGGCCGCCCCUGUCCCGGCGCCCUUGUCGAGGAACGGCAGCGACGACUCCCUCACCCGCGCCUACCCUCCAGCCACCGCCACCCCGACUGCCGCAGCAGACUACUAUGUCACCAAGUUCCCGGAGAAGCCCCCCGUCCCGCCUCCAUCAUCGGCUCCCCCUGCGGCGGCCUUCCUGCCGGUGCCGGGCAGGUAUGGUUCUGUUGCCCCUGGCUCUGGCGCCGACCCUGGCCCUUUCUUCUUCAUCCCGGCGCCGCCCCAUGGGUACUACACCAGCGCCAACCCCGGCGGCACCUCCUACUACGCCGUCCCGCACAACAACGGCAAUGCCAACGGGAACGGCACCGCACCCGCCCCCGCCGUGUCGAGCGCUCAGGGCUACCCGCAGGUGGCGUACGACAGCAACGGCCGCGCCGUCUACUACACCGGCCUGCUCCCACAGUACCCUUCGGCCGUCAACGGCGGCGGCAUGUCGGCGUCCUCUGCCGUGCUCGGUACGGAGCCCUCGAAGCCGGUGGCGGUGAAGCCGACCGUGUCGUGAUCGAUCGCCAGCCAGCUCAAGCCGCCUAUCCUAAAUUCAGUAUGGGUUAACAGAGUCUGUCUGCCAGCCAAUUUUCGUUCGUUCGUUGGAUCGUCCAAGUCAAUAUGGGUUAAAUAUGUCUAGUUGGAAUUCGUUAUUGUGUCUAGUAAUUCACCUAUGAUUUUUGCCUUUUUGUUUAGAAGUUUUCGGUUUGGGGUUCGUUCGUUCUGUUGUGAUAUGCAACUAGGAGUGAGUGCUGCUGCUUGGUGUGCUUAGAUGUACAUACAGUCCUUUGUGGACAUAAUGGAUAUUAUAUUAGCAUGUUGGAGAGUUAUUUAAUUAUCUGCAUUGCCUC